AUGCAAGGAGCUUUACGACCGUCUCCCAACUCCUCAUCCUUCCUGGGCUCCCUAUUUGGAAGCAAGCGGGGCAAGGGGCCUUUCCAGAUGCCACCACCACCGCCAACAGGCCAGGCCUCUGCCUCCUCUUCAUCUGCUUCUUCCACUCACCACCACCACCACCAUCACCACCAUGGUCACAGCCACGGUGGCCUGGGGGGGCUGCCUGACGGGCAGUCCAAGCUCCAGGCCCUGCAUGCCCAGUAUUGCCAAGGACCAGGCCCUGCCCCACCGCCCUACCUCCCACCGCAGCAACCCCCUCUACCCCCACCUCCUCAGCAGCCCCCACCCCUGCCCCAGCUGAGUUCCAUUCCGCCACCUCCCGCCUCAGCCCCACCCGUGGGGCCGCAUCGCCACUUCCAUGCCCACGGCCCAGUCCCAGGGCCUCAGCACUAUACCUUGGGCCGGCCAGGCAGGGCUCCCAGACGGGGGGCUGGAGGACACCCUCAGUUUGCUCCACAUGGCCGCCACCCCCUGCACCAGCCCACGUCCCCUCUGCCCUUGUACAGUCCUGCCCCCCAGCACCCUCCUGCCCACAAACAGGGCCCCAAGCACUUCAUCUUCAGUCACCACCCACAGAUGAUGCCAGCAGCAGGAGCAGCUGGGGGCCCUGGAUCCCGGCCGCCAGGGGGCUCCUACUCACACCCCCACCACCCCCAGUCGCCUUUGUCACCGCACUCACCCAUCCCACCCCACCCCUCCUACCCACCCCUGCCCCCGCCCUCACCCCACACCCCGCACUCACCCCUGCCACCCACCUCUCCCCACGGCCCGCUGCACGCCUCUGGGCCCCCUGGCACUGCCAACCCACCCAGUGCAAACCCCAAGGCCAAGCCAAGCCGGAUCAGCACCGUGGUCUGAUGAAUGGAGAGAGUGAGCUGGGCAACCAGAGAUCUGGGGGAUCCACAGGCGAGGGACCUUGGGCCCUCUCUGCUUCCUCAGUGUUUUCCGAAUAUAUAUACCCAUAGCAGUGUCCUCCUACCCACUUCCUCCCUGCCUCGGGACCCCUUCUCCAAGCCCCAGCAGUUGCCAUGGGCUUCCCUUCCAGGGUCGAGGACCCUUACCACUUACAGCCUGGACUCAGGGCACCCCAGCGCUGGGGAGUGGUGAGGGCCUUGCAGAGAUCCUCACCGUCUUUUUUUCCUGUCUUCCUCUCCUAAAUCCCUUUUCCCUGAAGGUCUGGCUCGGUGGCCUCAGACCUCAGACCUCCAGGCCAGUGUGAGCUCGCUCUCAGCUCUGGCCCGGUGAGGGGGAGGGUUGGGGAACAAGGGCAGGCGUCCCAAGCUAUAGGGGGCGAAGGCUCCUCCAAGGCUCCUCUGGCCAUCGGAGGGGUAGUGAGGAGAGAACACUAUAGAGAGAGAGUCCUGGCCAAAACUCAGCUGGCCCGGCCCAUCUCUCUGACUUCAGGGCCUGGCCACACACCUCCAUGUGUCUUUCUGCCUGCUGGAGGACACAGACUGUCAAUGCACUGGGUGGGUGGGACCCCGCUUAUGCUGGCCCCCAUCUGGGGCAGUGCUUCCUCUCUCUCGAGCCAAUCUAUGCCCUCUCUCCAGUAGGCCCCAGCCCAGACCUCUUCAGCUUCAGGAACUUGCCUUGCCCUGCAAACCUUCUUAUCCUGAUCACAGUUCAGACAGGUCUUUGUUGGGGGGUGGGAGGGGGGGGCUCAGGUCUGGGAUGAGAAGGGCCCUGCCCUCCCUCACCCAUAUUGCAUGCCCCUCCCCCCUUCCCUGACACCUCCUCCCUCCCCCCCCCCCACAACUGAAGACAAUGCACUUUACAGAUAUCGCCCACACACACCUCGCUGGGGCAGGGCACCCAGCAUCAGCCCUGGGGAGAGAGGCUCCCAGAGGGCCACCAUGAGCCCAAGAUGUCCUUCCUGAGGCUGAGAUUGAAGCCAUCAGAGCCGGGGCUGGGAGCCAGGAUGCCUGAGUCCUUCUGUCCGUCAGAAUCUCCGCUGCCUCUCCAGCCCUUUUGCAGCCCUGUUUAUUUAUUAUAAAUAUAUUUUUUACAAGCCCCAGCUCCUCUUCUUGCCCCCACAUAGCCAGCUCCUUUCUUGGUUCCUGCCUCUCUCCCCCCUCUCCACCAUGGGCUGCAGUACAGACAGACAGACGGACCCUGGCUGGAUGAAGGGCCAGGGACCCUGCGGGCUUUGGGGAGGGGGAGGGUGGCAGUGGGAGGGGCUGUAUGGAGAGGAGCUGGGGUUCAGGCAUUGUCUUUUUUCCUCUGUGUAUAUAAGAAUGUAUAUUUGAUGCCUCAUAAAAGACCUUGUGCUCA